UGGACGAUUUAAAUUUCUGGCAGUAUCAGUUGAAAUUUGACCAUUGCUUCUUCUAGAACACAGUCUCUUCAAAACCAAAAAAAUAAAAAAAAUGAUAGCUCCUGUGAUCCUGCUUUCUGUGACUUUUCUCAUCUCCGCCUCCCAAGGAUCGGAAGAAUCCUGCUACCUGUCGGAGGAGCAGGAGGACGACUGCGCCGCCGUCUGUUAUCCUAUAGUUAAGCCAUUGCUGAGGUACUUCGAGAAGGUCCACGAGAAGGACUUCCAGAUACAACAGUUGCAAAAGGAUAAUGCGGAGUUGCUUAAGAACAAUAUGGAAGUGCAGCGCCAACUCGAUGAUCUGAAUGUUAAAUACGCAAAGUUGCAAUCACAGCACCCGAAAUUAAGCAACUUCCUCGACCUAAUAGGUCCGAAAAUUAGUAAUAAAAAUCAAAAUGUAAACGAUGAACUCAGCGACCUACAAGAAAAUGGUAUUGGCUAUUCUCAGGAAAUUCAUAGAACAGUGAAACAUGAUUAUAUCGAGUCUUCUGGUCAAAUAACAACAAAAGUACUAACUAUUGAUGUUCUGCCUAAACUUUCAGUUGAUAGCCAAAAAAUAAAGCUACGGCACUAAGUUUUCCACUUUCGAUCGAGACGAAGACGGAUAUCCUGACAGUAAUUUGGCAACUGAAUAUGGAUGUGGAUGUAUUCCAAAAUUAAUUUUUAAUUAAUUUUACUAUUAAUUUUUUAAUUCCAUUGCUUUAUUUGAUAGAUCUUAUUAAGAUGAAUUUGUAUAUUUAUUGAUCCGACGAAAGGACUAAUGGAAGAAGCAGCCGGUCCUUUGGAAAAUGCGCAUUUUGAGGAAAAUAUAUCGGAGUAUUCGGAGCUUUUUAGUUAUUUUUAGGCUAUUAAAAAACAGUUUAAUAUUUAAUUGCUUCGCAUUAUUACUAAUAAGUUAUUAAAAAUAAGUUCUAAUUGAAAAAGGA